AUGCACAACACCCUAAACCGUAUCCAAGCCGCCUUCGGCUAUCUGGUCUCCUGCGCUUUCUUCCUCGCCUUCCUCAUCUCCUCCCUCUCUCUCCUACCCAUCAAUCCUUCGUUCUCCACUUCCUCCUCACAACCACCAACUGCAAGCCUCUCAGUCCGCAACAUCCAGGUCGUCCGAGGCCGCCCACAUUACUACUCCCCAAAACGCGAAGAAUAUGCCCACAUCCGUUUCGACCUCGAUGCAGAUCUAAGUGAGCUGUUCAAUUGGAAUACGAAACAGGUUUUCGUUUACGUGAGUGCCGAGUAUCCGACACAGAAUACCACGACGGGGUUGGGACAGGAUGGCGAGGCAGGGAGCCUACCAAUUGCUAAUGGUGGGAACGCGGGGAUGAAUAAAGCGGUUAUAUGGGACACGAUAAUUCCUGCACCGGCUACGAAAUGGAGUUUUGCCAACGUGAAGGAGAGAUAUUUCCCUGCCAAGAAACCGGCGGCAAAAAGCAAGAAGAGUAUGUCUAAAUCGGGGAGAGACAAGGCAAACGCAAAAACAACAGAUAUUACCAAGCCCGGUCUUCUAACCCUCAAGAACCAAAAACCGAAAUACCAAAUCACAGACCCAAGCGGCGCGAUCUCUUCCCGUCCAAAUGCUACGCUAACGUUGAGUUGGAAUGUACAGCCAUGGGUAGGCCCGUUACUGUGGGACAAAGGCAUGCUGGAGGAUAAGAAUGGGCCGGGCAGCGCGCAGAGCUCGUGGAAUCUACCUUUCUUGAAAUAUCAGUGGCAGGGUGGGCAUUUGCCGAGAAGUGAGACAUUUGAUUUCCCGCCACUAAAGGGAGCGCAGAAGCCAUCGACGAGUGAGAUGGUUAAGGAUAGGGAUGGGCCGAAGACGCCUCAGCCCGCCGAGGUGUCGGGUGUGGUGUAA